AACUCUUUCCUUUUAAGCUUAUUCCCUGGUUCGUCGUAAGUUGUGAUUGUGACGUGCUUUGGUCGCGGUUUGUGUUGUUGGUGUGAUUCUUGUUGCUUUGUUGGUUUUGUUUGUGAUUCCCGUGGAUAAUAUGAGCGACGACGAUCGCGAUAUCGACAUCGAAAGUGAUGAUGGUGACGACUCUGAUUCCAGACUUAGGCACUCUAACAAUACGCAAUACUGUUCUCAGGCAGAAAAAAGAGCACAUCAUAAUGCUUUGGAGAGAAAACGUCGGGAUCAUAUUAAAGACAGUUUCUCCAGUUUGAAAAAUGCUGUACCAACCUUACAAGCAGAAAAAGCUGCGAGUAGAGCUCAAAUCCUAAAGAAGGCAGCAGAAUAUAUACAAACUAUGCGGAAGAAAAAUGUUUCUCAACAACAAAGUAUUGAAGAUCUCAAAAAGCAAAACACAUACUUAGAUGCUCAAAUUCGUUUGUUAGAAAAGGCCAGAGCCAGCGGUAAUUUCCCGCCAGAGUCGUGCGAAGUGAACACGUCCGAAGCGAUGGGCUUGGGCAAUUACAACGACACAGAAUCAGAGUCGUCAGACAGCGAAACGGAAACUGCAGUACGGCAGCCGAAAAAACUGAAAGUUGCUGGUCUCCAUUGACACAUAUGCAUUUGUAUGUUCUUUUCCUAUCCCUUUCUCGAUAUUUUAUUUUCAUAUGACGGUCUUUUUAUCAUAAGUAAUGUAAGUUAAAUAUAUAUACCAUGCGAUUAUACGUAAGAAGAUUCUUAUCUAAAUAAGUGUUUAUUAGAUUUUGUCCUGUAGUAUACAUGUAACAUAGCGUAUAUUAAGGAAACACGCCGAAAUAUAUUGAACAGAUUGUCGAAUAGUGAAUGACCAAUAAUCUAAUCAGAUUAUAAGUAAUAAAGACUAUGCGUUAAUUAGUCUGAAAAUAUACGCAUCUGUGAUUGAUUAAUUUGCGUUUCUUUUAAUUAUCUUCAUAUUUUAUUCGCUCGCACGAAAAGAUAAUUUUGAAGAACAUGUGUCAACAUCGCAUUAUAUAUUUUUCAUUUUUACAGUAAUCUAUGAGAGACUAUUGAUUGAAUUAAAGAGUAACUUUAUUGAGAGAUAAAAGCCUGAUGUAUUGUAGUAUGUGAGCAAGUUCUAUAAUUACAGUAUAUCCCUAUAACUCAUUAAAAUCUGCCAUGUACUAUUGCGUGAUACCUUCAUCAGACAAAAUACAAUCGUAAUUGCCAUUCGAAGAAAAAAAAUAAGCGUUGUCGACGCAGCACAUACACAUAGAUACGAUUACGUUUACUUGCGCGAGGGGGAAUUCUAAUUACGGCGACGAAGAAGAUUGAAGUGUCAUCAUUUAUUUGGAUAUGAGUUAUUUUACAAACAGGAAAUGAUCACUAGGGUCCUGUUUGACGAUGUUUAAAGAAUUCACUACGAUGAAACGCAGAUGCCGCCGGCGAUAAAUCCAUAUCGGCCA